CAUAUUUCUUAAAAGCUGAUGCAAUUUAUUAGCACAUGCAAUAAUAGGCGGCAUUCUCGUGCAUGUCAGACUGCGUCGUCACGUACGAUCCGUAAUGCAGACAUUCCCAAUGUGUGGCUCUGGACUACUCAUCUGGGUGGCUUUGCUGCGUUUGCUGAAGACACGGGUUAUAUUUAGAAAUUGCUACUUCAUUGCGCUCGUAAAUCCAGUAAAUGACAGCAGGGCAGGGUCAUCAAAACCGAGAAGAUAAUUUCCACCUAUGUUUUCAGUAACGUUUUAUAGCUGACCAACGAUGUUUAUUAGGUAAAGCGACAAGAUUUUCUCGAAUCCCAGACAGGCAGAAUUAUUGAUAGGAUUGUGCUUGAAUCGCUCAAUUCUGUUUGUAAACAUAAACUUAGCCAUUGUCUACCUGGCAGUGACAACUUUUUAAUUAAAUAGUGCUUUUAUCCGCUGGCUCACAGCGUGGGUUAUGAGGGGACGGUAGCACUGUCUGGUUUUACGCUUCCAGACCUUUCUCUUUAUAAACAGACCGGUUUGAACGGCUUACAGUUACAUUAAUAAUGUUAAUAGGUACUAAUAAGUAACGUUAAUCAAACGUUAACUACCCCAAAACCUUCCGUUCUGUCUCCGUACCGAGCCAUAUGCGUGAAAGCGUUGGCCAGGCAGACCCAGCAGGGGAGCUGGGUGCCGUUUUGUGUGCCUGGGGAGGAAAUAAAAACCGUGCGGGUGUGCGACUGGGAAAAAAGCUCCUGGAAAUCUGCGUUUCAGGGCCUCCUUUUCGGGGCGCCGCGGCUGGCGUUACGGUAGCGCCUGAGGAGCGCGGCGGCGCUGCGCGCCUCGUCCCGUCAGUACGGCGGCGCGGGCCGCUGGCGUCGCGAGAGCUGGCGGCGAGUUCCCGUGAGAUCGCGGCGGCGGGGCGAGGAGGGAGAUCCAAGCGGGGCAGGCGGCGAGCCAUGGAGAACUUGGACGAUAACACCACUGUCAUCUCCACCCUGAGAUCCUUCAAUAACUUCAUUUCACAGCGUAUAGAGGGGAUGUCUGGGCAGGCUACACCAGGAUCAUCUCAAAACUCCUUGCAGAUCCAGUACCAGCAGAGGGUGCAGUUGGAAGAACAAGCUGGGCGGAUCCACUCCAAAUCCCAACUCCUGCAGGUGGAACGAGAGAAGAUGCAGAUGGAGCUUAGCCACAAACGAGCUCGCAUCGAGCUGGAGAAAGCAGCUAAUACCAAUGCCAGAAACUAUGAGCGAGAGGCUGACCGUAACCAGGAGCUGCUCACACGCAUAAAGCAGUAUCAGGAAAGGGAAACAGAAGCUGAAAAUAAACUGAAAGAGCAAAUGGAGAUGAACAAAUCCUAUAAGAAGAGCAUGGAGACAAUGAGUAAGAAGUUGCAAGAGAAGGAGAGCAAAUUAGCUGAAGCUAAUGAAACAAUCACUAUAUUAAAAGGGAAAAUAUCCGAGCUGCAAAGGAAUAUAAUGAAUCAAGAGAUGCAGAUGACAAGCCAAGACUCUCAGAAGCAAGAGCUGAUGGAACAGCUGGAUGUUCAACAUAAAAAAUGGCAAGAAGCUAAUCAACAAAUCCAGACGUUGCAAGCAAGCCAGUCCCUACUGGCAGAAUAUGAACAGAAAAUUAAGGAUCUGGAACAGAAGUUCUCCCAGCAGGAACAUGAUGCUGUAAUUGUCAAGAACGUGAAGGUAGAACUGGCCCGUUUCCCCAAAAUGGAGCGUGAAUUGCGCCAACUUAGGGAAGAAAAUGCCUACUUCAGGGAGAUGAAAGAAAACAAUGGAUUGCUUAAAGAGGAGGUAGAAGGUCUUCAAAGAAAACUGGAACGCUAUGAGAAAGUCCAAGCGCAGCUAGUGACUGUUGAAUUGGAAAAUGAGAAACUUCUGGGAAAGUUAAAAAGCUGGGAGAAACUGGACCAGAGUACUGGCUUGAACAUCAGGACACCUGAUGAUCUCUCAAGGCAAAUUGUGGCCCUGCAGCAAAGGGAGCUUGUGCUGAAAGAGCAGAACUCUACCAUCACAAACAGUGCCCGAACAUUGGAGAAGGCCCGGCAGCAGCUACAGGAGGAAAUAUUGCAGAUUCAGAGCCAGCUCUUGGAAGAGAAGAAGAAGCGCGAGCAGCACGAAGCGCUGGUCAGACGGCUGCAGAAACGUGUAUUGCUGCUCACCAAGGAGCGUGAUGGCAUGCGAGCAAUCCUGGAGUCGUAUGACAGCGAGCACCCUUCGGAGCACUCACCCCAGCUGAACCGGCGCAUGCGGGAGGCUGAGGAGAUGGUGCAGAAGCUGCAUGCUCAUAACACGGAGCUGGAGGCUCAGCUGUGUCAAGUUCUGGAAGAAGUGGGGAAUCACAAACAAAGAGCAGAGAUGCUGGAGGUGGAGAUGAAGGUCCUGAAGUCUCAAGAGUGCGCAGCUGAGCAAAGUACUUCCAUCACCAAGGAGGAGAUUGACUCACUCAGGCUGAAAAUUGAGGAGCUAGAAGCUGAACGCAGCAAGCUGGAAGAGGAGAACAGAUCUCUGGAAAUGAAACUGGAGAAGCUAACUCUGCAGGGUGACUAUGACCCCAGCAAAACCAAAGUUCUUCAUUUCAGCAUGAACCCGGCGAGCCUGGCCAAGCAGCAGCGCAAGGAGGAGCAGCAGCAGCUCCAGGAGGAGUGUGAAAGGCUGAGGGAGCUGGUGAGGGUGCUUGAAGGAGGCGGCUCCAUCCAUGGGAAUCUGGAAGGAGUCGGGAGUUUUCAGUCACCACAAGAAAUUGCAGAGCUGAAGAAGCAAGUGGAAAGUGCAGAACUAAAAAACCAGCGCCUGAAAGAAGUUUUCCAGACCAAGAUCCAAGAGUUUCGCAAGGUCUGCUACACGCUCACAGGAUACCAGAUCGACAUCACGACUGAGAACCAGUAUCGACUCACCUCCAUUUAUGCCGAGCACCAAGGAGACUGCCUGCUCUUUAAGGCCUCCAGCUCCUCCGGUGGAAAAAUGCAGCUUCUGGAAACGGAGUUCUCGCGAACCAUCCGGGAGCUCAUUGACCUGCACCUGCUCCGCCAGGACAGCAUCCCGGCCUUCCUCAGCGCCCUCACCCUUGACCUUUUCAGCCGCCAGACCAUCACUUAGCUCGCCCUGAUCUUGCCACCAGACAGGCCUGGAGCACCCCCGGGCAGGACGGUGCCUCACCCUUGGUGUUCAUGAGGUAGCAGGGACAAAUUCUCUCCUCACACCCUUUAUUCAUGGCGUUGGGUUGCUAUGUUUUGCGGGAAACUCCUUAUUUCCACUUCUUUCAUGUUGACUCCCAAACCCCACCUUUUCCCCUGAAAAGCAUCAUUUCCCUCCUGUGGGAGGGCAAGUCUAGCUCCAUCCCAGGGCUCUCUUGUGCUAAGGCCCACUCCCCACCUUUGAACUGUAAAAUGCAUCCGUAACUCCCCAAACUGUCUCAGCAUCUCUCUGGGAAGGCGGUGGGAACUGCUGGUUUGAGGAACCACACUUUUACCCAAAAGCAUCCCCCAAAUCCAGGCCCUGGCAGAGACCAGCAUGGGCUUUGGGGAUGGCUGGUGCUUCCUGCUCUGCCAUCACUCAGCAGACGAGAACACGCAUAAAUGGACUUCUGAAGACCCUACUGCUUGUGUUGCGUGGUGUGCUCGGAUGUCACCCACAUUCUUUUUGUUCCUCGUGGAGGCUCUGGGGCCCUUGGUUAUCUCAGGAAUGUGGAAGGUGGGAGGGAACUCUUCAGGGUGUGCACACUGCUGCCUGCUGCCAGGCCGCGGGCACCUCCUCACCUCGCUGGGGUGGCCCUCCUCCCACGGGAAGCUUCUCCCCUCUGGGGACACCCUGGAGUCUGACGUUUUGUGUUACAAUGGAUACUUCUUCUAUCCUGAUAAUAAAGUGUCACUUUCCAAA